UUAAUGCUGGUUUUGCUGCAUCCUCUCCACCUUCCCUCCAAGUUAUCUAGAAGACCUUUCUUUUAUCUGAAAGCACUAUGUACCACCAGCCGAUGCAUUUACCUGUUCUCUAGUUAAAUACUAUUUGGAAGAAAGAUUAGUGACGAUGACCAUAUAUUCUCCAAAGAGUUAAGCAGCUGACCAAUUGUUUGUAUCUAAUUGCUUAGUAAAUUGCUGGACCAGAUCCAGCUCGUAUCAGAUGUCUUCUUCUCUUUGGAUGGUGGGGUUAGCUCAAGGCUGUUUAACUUUAUAUCAUCACCGCGUGGCCGGACGGCUGAAUCAGCUGGUAGCAACAGAUUAGUGCGAAACAUGCCACAUAACAAAGACUUUAAGCGCUACUUAAAAACCUUUCUAGGUUUCUCCCCAUUUGCACGGAUGAAAAUAUCAUCCGUGUUGAUGAAGACAUUCUUCUUCUUCUUCUUCUUUGUUUUCCCAAGACUUGCAGCCUCAAGGGAACAUGACUUCACCUUCAAUGGAUUCAGUAAUACCGACCUGAGCAUUGAUGGCAUCGCCUCAGUCACACCUGACGGCCUCCUUGAGCUGACCAACAAAACCCAGAAUAUGAGGGGCCAUGCCUUCUAUCCUCGUCCCCUCCGCUUCAAGUCUGCGACUGGUAGACCCCUUUCCUUCUCCACUACUUUUGUGUUUGCCAUCCUCUCUGAAGUCUCCGAUCUGAGCGGCCAGGGCAUCGCCUUCUUUGUUUCUCAUACUGCUAAUCUCUCUCUCCCUUCUCCAAGCCAGUACCUGGGCCUCUUCACCGAAAGUAACAAUGGAAACUCAAGCAACCACAUCGUUGCCGUAGAAUUUGACACGAUUCAGAACCCUGAAUUUCAAGAUAUCAAUGACAAUCAUGUUGGAAUUGACAUCAACGGCUUGAUCUCCAACAAGUCGAGUCCUGCUGGGUAUUAUAAUGAUAGUACCGAUUCAUUACAGAAUUUGACCCUAAUUAGUGGCAACCCAAUGCAGGCAUGGGUGGAUUUUGAUGGUGAAGCGAUGCAGAUCAAUGUUACUUUAUCGCCGAUGGGAAUUCCUAAACCACGCAGGCCCCUCUUGUCCUCGACCAUUGAUCUUUCAAGCGUGAUGCUUGAUUCCAUGCAUGUAGGUUUCUCUUCAUCGGAUGGCCCUUUUCAUACUCAGCAUUACAUUCUUGGUUGGAGCUUCAAGACGAACGGGGUAGCAAGGCCUCUUGAUUAUUCAAAACUUCCUUCACUACCUGUUCUUAAAACCACAAGGAAGUCUGUAGUUAUGGUCACAUCGCUGGCCAUAGUUUCAUGUUUAUUUGUGUUAUUUGUCGCCGCUGUUACGUUCCUUAUAGUAAGGCGCAGGAACAAAUAUGCUGAGGUGCUUGAGGAUUGGGAGCUCGACUAUGGUCCUCAUAGGUUUUCAUACAAGGACCUGUUUCAAGCAACAAAAGGGUUCAAGGAAGAAAAUUUACUGGGGACUGGAGGCUUCGGUAGAGUCUACAAAGGUGAGUUGCCUAAUUCCAAGAUGGAGAUCGCAGUUAAGAAAAUCUCUCAUGAUUCAAGACAAGGCAUGAGAGAAUUUGUGGCUGAAAUUGUUAGCAUUGGUCAGCUCCGCCACCGAAACCUUGUUCAGCUCUUAGGCUACUGCCGUCGUAAAGGAGAAUUCCUCUUGGUCUAUGAUUUCAUGGCCAAUGGUAGCCUUGAUAAAUUCUUAUACGGUAAAAAGAACCCUACUGUCAAUUGGGCUCAAAGGUUCCGAAUCAUCAAAGGGGUUGCUUCAGGUCUCUUAUAUCUCCAUGAAGAUUGGGAGCAGGUUGUGCUACAUAGAGACAUCAAGGCCAGUAAUGUGUUGUUAGAUGGAGAUUUUACCGGAAAGCUGGGAGAUUUUGGCCUUGCAAAAUUAUAUGAUCGAGGCUCUGAUCCUCAAACUACUCGUAUUGUUGGAACCAUGGGUUAUCUGGCACCUGAGCUCCCUAUGACUGGAAAGGGUUCGACUAUGACUGAUGUAUUUGCAUUUGGUGUCUUCUUAUUUGAAGUAGUUUGCGGUAGGAGGCCAAUUGAGUUCCAAGCAGAAGCUGAAGACCUGAUUCUUGUUGAUUGGGUUCUGGAGAAUUGGAAACGGGGUUUGCUUAUGGAGACAGUGGAUCAAAGAUUGACAGAGUAUUGUGUCGAUGAAGUUGAGUUAGUAUUAAAGCUUGCUUUGCUAUGCUCACAUCCAAUGCCAGAAGUUAGGCCAAACAUGCGGCAAGUGGUGCAAAUUUUAGAUGGAGCCGUAGAACUCCCCGAGUUGUUGCCACGUUGUAUGAGCUUUAGCUCUAUGUCAUUGUACCAGAAGGUAGGGUUCGAUAAUUAUAUUAUGUCACUCACCUCAUCAGCUUCCACGCUUCCUGCUAUGUCAGGAGGCCGAUGAUAGCUUUGUAAGGAAAACGAUGUUCUUUCUUAUACAGAAGAACUACUUGUUCAUCAAAAGAUACAUACAUGUUGCUUUUCC